GACUCCGGCGACAAAAUUGACGACUCCGGUGACGAAAUCGACGAAUCCGGUGAUAAAACCCUAGUCUUCCAGUUCUCAGUCAAGCACGAGCAAAAGCUUGACUUGUGGUGGUGGCUACAUGAAGCUUCUCAGUGGUGAUGUUGCUCAUCUUCUAUAUCUCCGUCGUCGUCUUCCUCCGCAUCCUCUAUGCCGGCAAAGAAUCAGGUGAAGAUGGUCAGGAAGUUCAAGUUCCUCCGAGUCUUCACAUCAAUGGCACUUCUUGUUGUAAAUCAUUCUAUCUUGUUACCAACAAACGAAGAGCAAAAGAUCAACAUUCGGAAUAUAUCUUCUCUAGUCACAAGUGUCACACUGUCUCCUCCUCCUCCUAUACAUUUUCUUGGCUAUACGCUUCCUCAAGGACAUCCUUGUCACACGUUCACCUUACCUCCCCCACCUGCCAACAAUAAAAGGACUGGACCUCGCCCGCUUAUGUUUCCUCUAGAAUCACUGGUUCGCCUAAUCGUCCACACUUCCUCUAGAGUCACUGGUUAGCCUAAUCGUCCACUCGUUGUUUUCAUUGAUGGACACUGCACGGUACACUCCUUGGUAGUUAGUUUCUUUAGAUGAAUCUAGUAGGAGUUUUCAUGUCCAUGUUGUGAAACGUUUAUUUUAUUGCAGACGCAGCUAGAAGAAACAUGGUCAGCUUUGUUUUCAGGGAUCAGAUACGCAAAGAACUUCACCAAACCGGUUUGUUUCCGCCACACCAUUCUCUCACCGUUGGGAUACGAGACCGCGCUUUUGAAGGGCUUGUCCGGAGAGAUUGAAUGCAACGGAGAAUCAGCUUACAUUCUGUGGCUAGACCCGGACAACACAAAAACCGUGAUGCUCUCAAAGGUGGUUUCAUUGCUCAAAUGCCUAUGCUAGUAGCAGAUUUUCUGGUUAUGGAUGCUUCUAUAGCUUAUCGAUGGAUGCAGCAGUAUAAUAAAUAGGUUAGACAUCCAAAUCGGUCGUAGUCGUUAAAUGAAGGCCAUUUACAUGGAGA